AUGGCCGGAAAGAUGGACCACCCUGAAGUAGCGAUGAGACAACUUGGUGCGGACGACCCAUCAAAAGUGUCGGACGAAGACUGGAAGAAAGUGUUGUCCCCAAGAGCCUACGAUGUUGCUCGCAACGCCGCCACCGAGCCAGCCGGAUCCGGAAUGUACGACAAAUUCUUCGAGAAGGGAAGAUAUAUCUGCAUUUGCUGUGGCUCGGAGCUCUUCAAUUCGGAUUCAAAGUUCUGGGCUGGCUGCGGAUGGCCUGCAUUCUCCAAAUCCGUUGACAAAGAUCUGAACAUCAAGCGCAUUCCGGACAACAGCCACGGUAUGGAGCGAACGGAAGUACGAUGCAAGAACUGCGAUGCUCACCUUGGUCAUGUUUUCGACGAUGGACCGAAGGAUACCGGGGAACGUUACUGCAUCAAUUCGGUCACAAUGAAAUUCGAGCCACAGCAG